AUGGAGGCUGUCAAUGCAGAAGGUGCUACCUUCUUUCCGGGCGCCAGUGGCGAGCAAAUCGUCCUAAGCGGAGUUGCCUGGGGGCUAAUGAAAACUGGCGCGAGACUGCUCAUCGGGAAGAAGGUGCUCUUGGAGGUCACCUAUCUCAAGGGCCCGUGCAAGAAGCAGGACCCAAACUUCCCAUCGCCAGAGGCAAAAGCGCGGAUCAGCCCAACGAAGUUUCCGGACUCAGCGCGAGUCCUGGCCAAAGUCCUCAAGCCUGGGCGAAUUUCGCGGGGCGAUCGUGUUCUUGUGUUCGAGCACCCCGAUGGCCCGCAGAAGCUCUUGAUUCAGCACUGA